AUCGAUAACUUAAUUAACUUAACCUCAAAGGUAGUAUGCACAAAUAUUCGGUUAAUUUUUAGAUAUCAUCCAUAUGAAGACGGUCUAGGACUUAAUUAGCCUGCCACUCGCACUUGCCAUGAACAGCUUAGUGCGUCGCAGUAAUCAGCUGAGCCUUAGGCGCAAAUAUUGCGGGAAAUACUGUGGACCGGAGGCGACCGGCCGGAAUGGAAAACACAACUACGAAGAAUUCAUUCGCCGUCACCAGCGGCAGGCCCGUUGCAGCAUUGUGGUUCAAGUGAGUUCCGAGAAGUCUUACACAGAGUUGUAUAAUUACUGCAGCCGCUUCGGCUCGAUCCUGAGCGCCCAUCACUAUUGCGUACGUCAAGACGAGGCUCUGCAUUAUGUUUUGAUGGAGUACUCUACUCCUGAGGAGUCGGCGGCUGCCAUUGAUGCUGGAGUUACCAUUGGGGAGCCAAAGAGUGCGCCCGUGCGGUCCCCCUUUCUUUGGUUUCGGGCGGCGGGCGGAGGAAGACGAAGCUCCAAGAUGACCAUUAGCUCGUUGCCCAAGCUGCACUCCCUAGAUGGGACGCGGCAGGUUGAGCAGGCCCAUCUCCAGGGGCUCCUGCGAGGUGCUACUGAUAUCGAGGAGCAGGUAAAAUUGCUGCACGAGCAAACACGUUUGAACGAGAUAGGCAUCCGCAUGCGUUUCCUGGCUGCCCUACAGGUAGAGAGGGCUAUCGCGGGAAUGUUCCCGGCCGCACAAGCGCAACCCUUUGGCUCCUCGGUCAACGGAUUCGGCCGAAUGGGCUGCGACCUAGACCUUAUCCUGCGCUUCGACAAAGAUAUGGGAGCGAAAAGCAUACUGGAAGCGGAAGAACCUUCCCGUUUGGUUUUCCACACCAAGGAGACCUUCAGCAACGGUCGCUCGCAGACACAACGACACAUGGAGUGCUUUGGAGACAUGCUGCAUCUUUUCCUGCCUGGCGUCUGCCAUGUAAGGCGCAUCCUGCAGGCAAGGGUACCCAUCAUUAAGUACCACCAUGAGCACCUGGAUCUAGAGGUGGACCUGUCUAUGAGCAACCUCACUGGUUUCUACAUGUCGGAAUUGCUUUACAUAUUUGGUGAAAUGGAUAACCGUGUGCGUCCGCUAACCUUUUGCAUACGCCGCUGGGCGCAGACUUGCGGACUUACAAACCCUUCGCCUGGACGUUGGAUCAGCAACUUCUCGCUCACCUGCCUGGUCAUGUUCUUUUUGCAACAGCUGCGUCAGCCCAUUCUGCCUACCAUUGGAGCACUGGUAAAGGCGGCGGAACCAGGGGAUUUGCGAUUCACCGAAGACGGGAUUAACUGCACCUUUGCCCGGGAUGUUGAGAGACUAGGUUUUAAAAGUCGCAACCAGAGCUCGCUGAGCGAACUGUUACUGCAGUUCUUCGAGUUCUACUCUCAGUUCGACUUUCAUAACCGAGCGAUCUCCCUGAACGAGGGAAGGCCUCUGUCUAAGCCCGACCACUCGGCCAUGUACAUCCUGAAUCCACUCGAGCAGCUGCUCAACGUGAGCAAGAAUGUGAGCCUAGAGGAGUGCGAGCGGUUGCGCAUCGAGGUGCGAAAUGCGGCUUGGGUUUUGGAGUCAGAGGUGGAGAAUGCAUCUCUUUCCGAAGAAGAAGGCGAACGAAAGGAGCUUUCCUGGGGCCUGCUGAAUCUUUUUAAGCACCCCGAGAAGGCCGUCGUCCGGCCGAAUAUGUUUUUCAAGCCGCGCAUGGUCGAGGUCAGCGAUCUCUUCGAGCAAAAGGAAACAUGCCAAACCUCCAACUCCAAUGUUCCCACUCCAGCUAUCACAUACAAGAGCGCUUCUGUACGGCAUCAGGUGCAGUGCAUUAAAGCAUCUACUCGCUCUGAACAGAAGCAAAUUCGCGGAUCAGCGAGCUCAGUUCCGGCAAAUAGUUCCAAGAAUCGGCGAAGCCACAGGUGAUGCUUUUGAGACCGUGUAUGUACAUACUUAGUAUAGCAAAGAACUCCACAUCCAGAAAUGGGUCGCUUAAAAUUGUUUUUUACGUUAAACCUGCUGUUAAAUAAGUGUAAGUUUAGGAUCGAACCAAUGUUGAGUAUUUUAAAUGUUUUUUUUAAUUACAAUUUUGUCAAGCUAGAAAUUGAUUUGCGAGACAAAUCGGAAAAAAUCUUCUAGAGAAGCCCUAAUUUGAUUUUAUAACCGGAAGUUAUCCCUUAGAGAUAAUUUUCUUUGUAGAGUAAUAAUAAUUAUAUUUUUAUUAUAAUAAUAAAAAACAAAUAUUACGCAA